ACAAAAAAAACAAAAAAAAAAAAUCAAAAAAAAAAAAAAUAAUAAAAUAAAAUAUGAAAAUUGUUAGUUGUUCUGGAAAGUCAUUUGAAUCAUUGAAACAUGAACUUAUGCAUCCUAAGCAAAUGGAGUAUGAACCCAGGGGUGAUCAAAUCGACGUUUCAAAUAAUGCCGGUAAGUGUACUCCAGAAUGCAAAGAACAUAUGGUUGAAGUGGCCCUUGAGCAGAGUUUGGGACUAUGUAAUGAAAUUAAAGUAAUCAGGCGGGGAUGUUACUUUGUCACCUGCUUAAACAUGGUACUUUUAUGUAUAUGUUUCAUCGUCAGUUUUAAGCAAAUCUCAGAGGAUGAAAGAAAAUUUGCAAACUAUACGUCAAUAGCAGAGACUUCGAAUAAUAAAGAUGACAACACUUUACACAAAUAUCUGACAUUGAAUGAGUCUUUGAAGAUAGUUCAAGAGCAGAUUUUCUGUACAACAUGUGAGGCUAUUAGUGGCAUCGAGAGAUUAUUUGUUAGAACAGUUGACGGAGACAGAUGCUGUGUAAAAGAUGUUCCAGAUCUUAUACAACUCAUCAGAUCCACUAGUUUAAAGAGUUUGAGCGAAUAUUCGUCUGAGAUAAGCAUUUUGAGGGCAAAUAUUGAUGAUAUAAGAGAAGAUACAAAAGCGUUAACAAAUGAAUUGUUCAGCUCCAACAAAACAAACGAUACAGAGAGAAAUAUUGGAUUAACUGCAAGAGAAAAUAUCAUGUGGUCAAUGUUAAUGAAAAAUAACCGGCUGUUUAACUUAGUGCUCAACAGAAGACGAUCAGUGUUGUAUUUGAUAGGAACAGCUGUAGACAAUGGUAUGUAUUGGUCAGUGGAGACAGCAACUGGCGAUUUAUCAUAUGAAGGAAAUAACAUUCACGUGAACAGCGGUGGACAAUAUAUGAUAAAUUGCAACAUCCACUUCUCAAAGAACGUCUGCGAUGGAACAGAAAACAUGGGCUAUACCAUGAAUAAAGAAUAUCAGUCUGGAGAAAUACUCCCUAUAGCCCGUGCACGUGCUAGUUGUGCAAGCGGAAGUAAAAUAGACGAAAAUCUUCAACUGCAGACGGUACUACAAGUGGGUCUUGGACAACGCUUGUUACUUGAACUUCAAUGGGACAACAAGUCAAUGUCAAUGAUAUCGAAAUGGACUAGAAAUCAUCACAUCAUUAUAUAUGAAAUAUGACAUUAUAAUGAAGAGGUUUUAUAUCUUUGGUGAAUUAAUAUUGAUGUGAAUGUUUUGUUAUCAUGUUAUCUUAGUUUUGAUAUAGUCGAAUCUAGGAUUUUAUGACGGUAAAUUUUAUUUACCUCUUACAUAUAUUACUAGGCUCCAUAAGUCCGAGUCAGCAACAUGUCUAAUUGUGCUGUGAUUUGCCAAUCUCUAAUGGCUCAUUAUGCUUUAGAAAUGUUUUUUCUUUUAUUUCUAUUUUUUUUUACUUUUGGUGUACUUUAAUAGUAUCCAAAAAUUCCUCAUUUGCCAAUUACCCGAACUAUCAUUUUUUAUUUGUUGCUUUUUUGGCAAAAUGUACAGUUUUUGUGAAUUUGUAUUUUGUAUUGAAAUCAAACUUCUACCAUGUUUACAUUUUGCUACUUUUAUGACAAAUUAUUUCACAUGUAUUGUUACUUUCUUCACAUGCUUCAGGGAACAAGCAUAGAACAUUAUCUAAAUUCAUUAUUCAAACAUUAUGAAAUUCAUGUUUGAACUUUCUAAACAACUAAAAAUCGAUUUGUUUCUGUGUGCCUUUGUGAUGGACUUUGCUAAUCAUAUCCUUUAAUACAUGCAUGUGUGCCAUUUUAAUACAAUUUAUUUUAAAUAAAAAAACAAUUAGGA